GGCCGACGGGUCGCGGUCAGCGGCCGGGGUGCAGCCCGGCGCGGAGUGUCGGGGUCCCGGCCGCGCGAUGCGGCUGCACCUGGGCGUGCUGUCCGGCGCGGCGGCGCUGUCCGGCGCGCUCAGCUUCGUGCUCCUGGCGGCCGCCAUCGGCACGGACUUCUGGUACAUCAUCGACACCGAGCGGCUGGAGCGCAGCGGCCCGGGGGCGGCCAACCGCAGCCAGCCGGAGCCCCUGAGCUCGCACUCCGGCCUCUGGCGGACCUGCCGGGUCCAGAGCCCGUGCGCGCCGCUGAUGAACCCCUUCUGGCAGGAGAAUGUGACCGUCAGCGACUCGAGCCGCCAACUUCUCACCAUGCAUGGAACGUUUGUGAUUCUGCUGCCACUCAGCCUGAUCCUGAUGGUUUUUGGGGGGAUGAUGGGAUUUCCGAGCUUCCUUCUCCGAGUGUCCCUCCUCCUUGUGCUCACGGGAACCCUCUUCCUCUUUGGAGCCUUGGUGACCCUGGCUGGGAUCAGCAUCUACAUCGCGUACUCAGCUGCUGCCUUCCGGGAGGCGCAGUGUCUCCUGGGGGAGAAGGCCCUCCUGGACCAGGUGGACAUCCGCUUCGGCUGGUCCCUUGCCCUGGGCUGGAUCAGCUUUGUCGCCGAGCUGCUCACGGGGGCGGCCUUCCUGGCAGCAGCCCGCGUGCUCAGCCUGAGCCGGCGGCAGGACCAAGCCAUCUGA